AUGGAGUCAGUGGAAUCUUGUAGCGUUCCUCCAGGAUUUAGGUUCCAUCCUACAGACGAAGAGCUUGUCGGGUACUAUCUAAGGAAGAAAGUCGCAUCGCAGAAGAUUGAUCUUGAUGUCAUUAGAGACAUUGAUCUAUACAAAAUCGAACCAUGGGAUCUACAAGAGCGAUGUCGAAUCGGGUAUGAGGAACAAAAUGACUGGUACUUUUUUAGUCACAAGGACAAGAAAUAUCCAACGGGGACAAGGACUAAUAGAGCAACCAUGGCUGGAUUCUGGAAAGCCACAGGAAGAGACAAAGCUGUUUAUGACAAAACAAAACUGAUUGGGAUGAGGAAAACACUUGUGUUCUACAAAGGACGUGCUCCUAAUGGCCAGAAAUCCGAUUGGAUCAUGCAUGAAUACCGGCUCGAGUCAGAUGAGAACGCACCGCCUCAGGAAGAAGGAUGGGUGGUUUGUAGAGCAUUUAAGAAAAGAACGACAGGGCAAGGCAAGAGCACGGAAACUUGGAGCUCAAGUUACUUCUACGAUGAAGUCACAUCGAAUGGAGUUAACUCGGUUAUGGACCCCAUUGAUUACAUAUCUAAUCAACAACAUCACAUUUUUGGAAAAGGUAUGAUGUGUAAGCAAGAACUAGAAGGAAUGGUUGAUGGUCUAAACUACAUGCAAUCAAAUCAUCAAUUUAUUCAGCUCCCGCAACUCCAAAGCCCAUCUCUCCCACUGAUGAAAAGGCCAUCAAGCGCGAUGUCCAUAACCUCAAUGGACAACAAUAAUAACUACAAACUCUCAGUAGAGGACGUAGAAAGCUUCGGGUCAUUAAUAAGCAGUGAGAAUAAGAGGAAGAAGAAGAAGAACCAAGUAAGGAUGACGGGAGACUGGAGAGAGUUAGACAAGUUUGUUGCUUCUCAACUUAUGAGCCAAGAGGAUAACGGAACUUCUAGCUUCAUUGAUCAUCAUAUCGAUCAUGAAGAUAUGGAUAUGGAUUCGUCGAUGUUGUUGUUGAACGAGAGAGAAGAAGAGAACAUGUUCAUCAGUGAGUUCUUGAGUACAAACUCGGAUUACGAUAUUGGGAUUUGCGUUUUUAAUAAAUGA